AUGGCUAUCACCACCUGUGCACUAAUAAGAACAACAAGUAUAAGCGAGCACUAUACAUUCAACGCCAUCAACAGCUCAUCAGCUUCCGACUCAGUGCCUAUCUUGAACUUACUGACCGAAGGGCCCGUGAUUCGAACGGGCCAACUUCUGCACCUCGACUGCUCCUGUUUAGGCUUGGAUAACUUGACAGUAUCUGAGUCCUCGUGCUUCGUUUGGGUGGCACGGCAGCUAGACACCAAAAGGUCAUCUCCUACGAAUGUUGCUCAAUAUUGGUGGCGUACUAUGUACUCCGUUCGACGCGAACACGAUAGCCCUACUGCGAGAUGGUCCAAGUGGUUAAAGCGCGAAUUUACUGACCGGAAGGUCCGUGGUUCGGACCCGACCUCUGCCUCUCGACUUCCCCUGUCUAGGCUUGGGCAACUUGACAGUAUCCCAGCCCUCGUGCAACCUUCGGGUGGCAUGGCAGCUAGGCACCGUUAUUUACUGAAGCCUCUAUAUUUGGCACUUUGA